AUGGGCAAUUUUGUGCAUAAAAACAUAACAUGCCAAUUCUCGAAUGGUUACCAUUUGUGGAAGCAUCCGGAAGUGACGCCGCAUCCUCUGGAGGCGCCGAAGAACGAUCCGUUGGAGGGGUUCUCCAGGCCGCGGAAAGUGCGUACCAUGAGGCACACCCAGGAGGAACUAGAGUCCGCAAAGAUCCCUUUGAAGAAUCGCGACUACUGUGCGCACGAGCUGCUCAAGUUCAAGGCGUGUCGGAAAGACAAGUGGCCGUUUCCGGUGUUCUGCAAACCGGAAAAGCACGCCUACCUGAAUUGUAUGUACGAGGACUUCGUGUUGCGGAUGAAGGAGUACGAGCGUGAGCGGCGCUUGAUGGUUCGAGAACAUCGACGUGAAUAG